AUGGCUGAUGGACUCAAUGAUAUGCUGUUUCAUUUAUUGUGGACUAAAGAUGCGGUUUUUGACUCUAUACCAAAGAUAAUGAUACCUCAAACAGUGAUUUAUAAGUAUUAUCAGCCAAGGUUUUGAUAUUUUACAUCUCAGGAUGGGACGAUAAAGAGAAAAUCGAAAGAAAAAUUGACCAAGGAGCAUAUUCAGAGGGAGUUUUUGAAAAAGAUUUCACAAUCAGGGAUUGUCGCAGUGUUCUUUUAUAUAUCAAAAGACGAAAGAAUUAUUGAAUAUUUGACUGAAAACACCUUUAAUGAAUUUUUGUAUACAAUUUUAUUAGAUUUUAUGCUAGAAAUUAUUUAAAAAAUCAACAAAUUCAUAAUAAAUUGCAAAACAUUCUAUACUUAAUUCAUAAUAAAGCAAGAUACCAGCGGAAAAUCGAAUAUGAUGGACUUCUCCAGAAAUUCGUGGACCCUUAUGGACCUAAAAAUUUUGCUUUAACGGCAAUUUGGACUCCAAGUUUUUGUAUGUUUGAGAAAAAGGAAAACAAGCUCGAGCUCUAUAACCAAUCUUACGACUUAUAUGAAAGGGCUACAACUUUUGAAGGAAAAGAAUACUAUGUAGAUGCUAUUCCAUUACGAGGGAGCGACAUGCCAAGAAAGCUUCAAGAGCAUUGUGACUCUAUAGUAACCCAUAUAUCAGCAGUAACCUUCGAAAAAAUGAAAAUCGCAGGAAUGGUUUUGCACUUCCGGAUAGACCAAAAUCUAAGACUUUGCCUUCUCUGUGCGACAUCAUUACGGUUUUUUAAUGAUUCUCACAAAAACCCAAUAAACUUAAGCUCUGAAAUGAAUAUCCCUGCUAUUUUAAACCCAAAAAAACUUACAGUUGACUACAAAAAACCAGCAAUUUUGAUAAAAAACACGAAAUGCGCUAUGUGUGAAGCGAUUUUCGAGCCUGAUAAAAUUGCUAAAAUGGACUACAGUAUGAUAAUUUCUCUGUUAAAAAAUGAAGAAAUUCCUAUUAUAAUUAAAAACAUCCACCCUAAGCUGAGAAUAAAUGACUAUAAAAGGCUGAAAAAUCAUGAAAAAUUUUUAAUGAAAAAAGCGCCAUUAUGUUUUGACUGUUUUUUAUCAUUAUCUAAAAAUCUAUCCUCAAGUGGGGUUUCUAAAAAAGCACCUAGAUGUCAGUCUUUCAGUGGAACUGGGCCUUUAAACCCAAGCCGGCUGCAGUCACGAAGAAACCGUACAAUGUCUUCUCUUAUACAAAGCCCAAUAGCACGUACCCCAAGUACAGCUUCAACAAGAAAUAUUUUUUCAACAAGGACAGCUAAGACAGCUGGAGGUGAAUUAAUAUUAGUUCCAUUAUCUCCACUUUAA